CUGUCUCUUGCAGCUGGGCAAUGGGGUGAACUUGAUGGAUCCAAGCUUCCAGCAAAAACUGGAGGGGGAGAAGGAACUAAUUCGUCGAGCUAUUCAGAAGGAACUGAAAAUUAAAGAGGGAGCAGAAAACCUGCGCAAAGUGACAACAGACAAGAAAAAUCUUGUGCAUAUAGAACAUGUUCUGAAAUCCUCCAACCGGAAGCUGGAGCAACUGCACUGGGAACUUCAGGAACUUAAUGCAAGGAUUGUAAUAACAGACAAGGAGGAGAGUAAGACAGAUGGCUCUUUAUCUCCAGAUCCUUGUCUUUGGGAGAGGACUCCAGGCCCUAUGGCCAGAAAGAUUGAAGCUCUGAAAAGGCAGUUGCAUGUUGAAAUGAAAGUGAAACAAGGUGCUGAGAACAUGAUCCAGCUAUAUUCAAAUGCAACAUCCAAGGAGCGGAAGCUGCUGGCUACAGCUCAGCAGAUGCUUCAAGACAGCAAGACUAAGAUUGAAAUAAUCCGCAUGCACAUUGUGAAGGUCUCUCAGUCAGCAGGAGGGAUCGAAGAUGCAGUGGAUCCCACCAUCAGCGCUUUGGAGCUGCGCAUUGAGGAGCUGAGACAUCACCUGCGCAUUGAAGCAGCUGUAGCUGAGGGGGCAAAAAAUGUGCUGAAGAUCCUAGGAGGGAGCCGGGUGCAGGAUCGCAAGUUUUUGGCCGAGGCUCAGGGUCGCUUGCACGAGUCCUCUCAGAAGAUUGAUCUGCUGCGCUUGUCCUUGGAACAUCAGCUUGGUGAGCUUUCUCCUGAUCACCCAAAGCAAGCGCUCAUCAAGCAGGAACUAGUGAAUACUUCCUCCCUGGGCGCUCAGCAUGGCAACAUCCAACCUACUUCAGUCAUCAAACCCACAGCUCUUACAGGCACACUGGAAGUGAGACUGAUGGGGUGUCAGAAUCUAUUGGAAAAUGUUCCAGGACGUUCCCGAAUGACGAGUUCUUCUCCCAUAUGUGGCAGCCCUGGUGAUCUGAAGUCCCUUACCCGAACACGAGUUGGCCUAAGUAUACAGGGCCGUAGCGUGGCAGGAAAGUACCUGCGGAAUGAAGAGCUGUGUAAUGAGGUCCUUGCUGUGCUCAAAGUGGACAAUAAAGUGGUUGGCCAAACAAACUGGGGACCAGUCAAUAACCAGGCAUGGGACCAGAGCUUUGUCAUUGAGUUGGACCGGUCUCGUGAGCUAGAAAUUGCAGUUUAUUGGAGGGACUGGAGAGAACUCUGUGCAGUGAAGUUUUUACGUUUGGAUGAUUUCCUUGAUAACGAACGCCAUGGGAUGUGCCUCUCCCUGGAACCCCAAGGAGUCCUUUUUGCAGAGGUGAUGUUCUGUAAUCCUGUCAUCGAGAGAAGGCCCAAGCUGCAGCGACAGAAACGCAUUUUCCCCAAACAGAAAGCUUGGGGUCGCCUGAUGAUGAGUUUCCUCCCUCCGUGUAGUUCCUUGAGCAGCCUGAGCCCCUCAUUUCACAAUCCUGUUCAUACAGACUUCUCUCCAGUUCCUCUGCAAAGUCAUAUUGAUUCAGUGUCAAAACUGACUAGUGACUUUCCUGUGGCUAAGCUUACAUUUGAUGAUGAAGCUCCACGCAAACCUCCACGCCUUUUUAUGAUGGCCAACUCUAAAGAGUCAGCAUCAUCUCCUGCAGACUCUCCGUGCCUGAAGAGGCUGCAUGUUGAGGAGAAGUACUGCAACUCCACUCUUGAAGGAUUUCCAACCCAGGCACCCCUAAGGAAAAGAGCAGUUCAGGUUGAGGAUUUUCACUGUAUUGCCAUGUUGGGACGCGGACACUUUGGGAAGGUGCUGCUGGCCCAAUACAAAGCAACUGGGAAGCUGUAUGCUAUCAAAGCCUUGAAGAAAAAAGAUAUUAUUAACAGAGAUGAAAUUGAUAGCUUGAACUGCGAGAAGCGAAUCUUCGAAGUCGUCAAUUCUUCUGAUCAUCCGUUCCUUGUGAAUAUGUUUGCCUGUUUUCAGACACCUCAUCAUGCUUGUUUUGUGAUGGAAUAUACCCCAGGUGGUGAUCUUAUGAUGCGCAUACAUGAAGAUAUCUUUCCAGAGCACAUGGCUCGGUUUUAUACGGCCUGCGUAGUCUUGGGACUCCAGUUCUUGCAUGGGAAGAAAAUUGUUUAUAGGGAUUUGAAAUUAGAUAAUCUACUCCUGGAUGCUGAUGGCUUUGUGAAAAUUGCAGAUUUUGGACUGUGUAAGGAAGGAAUGGGUUUUGGAGACCAUACAAACACCUUCUGUGGCACUCCGGAAUUCUUGGCUCCAGAAGUCCUGACAGACGUCUCGUACACCCGUGCAGUAGACUGGUGGGGAUUGGGUGUACUCAUUUAUGAGAUGCUUGUUGGUGAGUCACCAUUCCCUGGAGAUGAUGAGGAAGAAGUCUUUGACAGUAUUGUCAAUGAUGAAGUCCGGUACCCGCGUUUCCUUUCGUCUGAGGCACUUUCUAUAAUCCGCAAGCUGCUUCGGAAAUGUCCAGAGCGUAGACUGGGAGCAGGGGAAAGAGAUGCAGAAGAAAUUAAAAUCCAGGCUUUUUUUAAGGAAAUUGAUUGGGAUGCCUUGCUUGCCAGGAAACUGAAGCCCCCUUUUGUGCCCACCUUAAAAGCUCCGACUGAUAUUAGCAACUUUGAUGAAGAGUUUACAUCGCAAAAGCCCAUUCUGACUCCUCCAGAGGAGGUUGCUGUCCUAACCCGUAAGGAACAGGCUCUCUUCAAGGAUUUUGACUUUGUCUCUGCACAUCUUUUAGAUGUUUGACUGCUGUGCUGAAAGAAAUAUG